GCUGGGGUCCGUGGCGCUCACCCCCGCGACGCCGGGGAGGGAGCCCACGGGGCCGCGCCGCGGGACGGGGGCGGGGAGCGUCACUGCACCGCAGCAACCGUCCCUCCUCCCGGGGCGGGGGGGAGAGGCGGCACCCGGGCGCCGCGGCGGGGCUGCUCCGCUACCGCGUCCUGCCGUGCCCUGCUGCGCCGUGCCCUGCCGGUGCGGAGCGAGCCCCGCAGUCCCGGGUGCUGCGCCGGGGGCUCCGCCGUACCCUCUGCCGGCCGGGGGCAGCGCGCUCCCUGGCCCCCGCAGCGGGCAGGCGCGGCUCGCGACCAGGGGAAACUUGGCUCGAAACUCCCGCCCGCCGAGGCACCAGCAGCUGCACCGGCGCUCCCGGGGCUGCGGGUGCCGGCCCCGCUCGCUGCCCGCCCGGGCCGAGCGGAGAAAGUUUCCCUGCAGGAGGCUGGGCGGAGGCGGGCGGCGCGGCGGGCGCUGCCGCAGUGAGUGCGCCGAGCCCGGGCUGUGCCGGCGGCGGGAGCGCCCGGAGCGUUCGGUCCCGCCGCCCGCAGGGCGAUGUGAGGCUCGGGGACAGCGUCGGCUGCCGAAGGCUUUAGGUGUUACAUGCGUCCGCUAACCUUCUCCAAAAUGGAUUUUAGUCAGAGCAAUCUGUUCGGAUACAUAGAAGACCUGCAGGAACUAACUAUUAUAGAGAGGCCAGUACGCAGGAGCCUGAAGACACCAGAAGAAAUAGAAAGAUUGACAGUUGAUGAAGAACUCAGUGAUAUUGAAAGGGCUGUUUAUCUACUCAGUUCUGGUCAGGACAUCCAGGGAACCAGUGUGGUGGCAAAUCUUCCAGUCCUGAUGCGACAGAAUCCUGCUGAAACACUUCGUCGGGUUUUACCAAAAAUCAGAGAGGUUCUGCAUGUUGCAGGAGUGGAAAUGCAGUUAACAGCUGCUGUUUCAUUUUUGACUGUUCUGCAAGAGGAAUCGGUGUCCAUUCAUACAUACUCCCACUCCUUCCUACACAUCAUUCUCCAGAACCUGGAACACAGAGAUGCAGGUGUCAGCAAUGCAUGGUUAGAAACUCUUCUUGCUGUAAUAGAAGCUUUACCAAAAGAAACUGUUAGACAUGAGAUCCUGAAUCCACUUGUUUCUAAAGCACAGCUUGCUCAAACACUUCAGUCCCGUUUAGUUAGCUGUAAAAUCAUGGGAAAAGUAGCUAACAAAUUUGAAGCCCAUAUUAUUAAAAGAGAGGUUCUUCCAUUGGUGAAAUCACUGUGCCAGGAUGUGGAAUAUGAAGUUAGAACUUGCAUUUGUCGUCAACUGGAACAUAUAGCUCGAGGAAUAGGGACAGAACUAACAAAAACUGUGGUGCUUCCUGAAUUAGUAGAACUGGCAAGAGAUGAGGGCAGCAGUGUCCGCCUCGCAGCUUUUGAGACAUUAGUGAAUCUGCUUGAUAUGUUUGAUGCAGAUGACAGGAGUCAAACUGUUCUCCCAUUAGUGAAAUCAUUCUGUGAAAAAUCCUUCAAAGCAGAUGAAUCUAUCCUAGUUUCUUUAUCUUUCCAUUUAGGGAAACUGUGUAAUGGAUUAUAUGGCAUUUUUACUCCUGAACAGCACUUACGGUUUUUGGAAUUUUAUAAGAAACUUUCCACACUGGGUUUACAGCAGGAGAACGGACACAGUGAUAAUCAACUACAACUUCAAACUCUGGAACAGGAAAAGAAAUAUAUUUCAGUGAGGAAGAACUGUGCUUACAAUUUCCCGGCCAUGAUUGUUUUUGUGGAUCCAAAGAACUUCCAUUUAGAACUAUAUUCUAUAUUCUUCUGCCUUUGUCAUGACCCUGAAGUUCCUGUCAGAUACACUAUGGCCAUAAGCUUCUUUGAAGUUGCUAAGCUUUUAAAUUCUGAUGUGUAUACAAUACAUAAAGAACUGGUUACACUAUUACAGGAUGAGUCACUGGAGGUGUUAGAUGCCCUAGUAGGUCACCUUCCUGAAAUCCUUGAACUAAUGGCUAACAGAGGAGAAAACAAUGGAUCAGAAAGCAAGUUACUCUCCAUUCCUGACUUGAUUCCUGCAUUAACAACAGCAGAACAGAGAGCAGCGACUUCUUUAAAAUGGAGAACUCAUGAGAAGUUACUACAAAAAUAUGCAUGUCUCCCUCAUAUCAUAUCAAGUGAUCAGAUUUAUUACCGUUUUCUUCACAGAAUGUUGACAAUCAUUUUGACAAAUAAUGUCCUGCCAGUCCAAAAAGCAGCUGCUCGAACUCUCUGCAUUUAUUUGCGUUACAAUCGCAAACAAGAACAGAGACAUGAGGUUAUUCAGAAACUGAUUGAACAACUGGGCCAAGGAAAAAGUUACUGGAACAGACUUCGUUUUUUAGAUACUUGUGAAUUCAUUAUGGAACUGUUUUCAAAAUCAUUCUUCUGUAAAUACUUCUUUCUACCUGUGCUUGAACUUACACACGAUCCAGUGGCAAAUGUGAGAAUGAAGCUAUGCUAUUUGUUGCCAAAAGUUAAAUCUACUCUGAAGAUUCCCACUGAUAAACAUUUACUUCAGCAGUUGGAAUUAUGUAUAAGGAAACUUUUGUGUCAAGAGAAAGACAAAGAUGUCUUGACCAUUGUGAAACGAACAGUGUUAGAAUUGGACAGAAUGGAGAUCUCUGUAGAUGCUUUUCAGAAAAGAUUUUACGAAUAUGAUUUAUUGGAUCAAGAAAAAGAGAGACAAGAGCAUCUCCUUUUGGAAAUGGAACAAUUAGAAAAAGAGAAGCAGCAAACUGAAGGAAGGUCUACAAAUAUUAAUGAUAAAAUGUUUGAAAAGAAGCGUAGAGACAGUAAAGCAUCAUCAGUGUUGGCAAAAAGUAUCAAUCUCUCUGUUCCUGGAAGCUCUUCUGGUACAUCACUAGGCAAAGAAGAAAAAAAAUCCAAGUUGGUUCGAAGCCAGUCUUUCAGUACUCAAGCACUUCAUCCAAAAUACAGCAACAUAGACAAGUGUCCUAAUAAAAGUUCUGCUACAGGAUAUACAUCUUCAGUAUCAGGAAUGGGAAAGAGUUGUAUGUUAUCCUUUAGUGAUGAUUCAUUCCGGACUCAUUCUACUGGCAGUAGUGGGAAUGCUGCCUUCCUUUCUAGUUCUUCUUCUCGCAACUUAUUUAACUCAGCUGACCAAAAGAACAAUGGAAAUAAGGAGAGUCAGUCCCGAAGGAUGAGCAUCAAUCAUCGUAGGAAUUUCAAUUACUCAUGUCUCACAAGGAUUUGGGGAAAAUAAAUGGAUUAAUAUUCACAAAGCAGUUAGAUGCAAAGGUUAGUUAGGCAUUUUUUUACAUAACAUAAAACUUUUCCAUAUUUCUAAGGUUUUUAUGUCUGUCACUUAAAAUAAAACUGAUACCUUUUGCUUGAAUACAAAGGGACAGAAAAAGGCUCACACAGAGCAGUUUGCACCUUUGUCUUCUGGCAGGAGAGUGAAAUGUAAGAGACUCACCCAGCUUCAAGUCUCAACCUACCAUUUCCACAUGAAUACCUUAACAGCAGAGUAUUUAAAAGUUUGUAUCUCAUCAAACGCAAUGAUCUGGAUGCUUUCUCUGGUUCAGGAAGUCCCUAAACUGCAUGGUGUCAGAAGCCAAUAGGAUAUACUAGGGGAAGAAAAACAUUUUUGGAGAAAGAAGAGGAGGCUUAGGAUGGCAUACAUUUAGUUCUGAGUAAGAGUUUUUAUGUUCUGUGUUCUUGAGGGCAGACACAUUUCUCAAGUUGAUAUAAUGUCUGCUGUGCUGUAGAUUAAUUUUCUCUUUUGUAAUCUGGCCCAAUACUUAAUUAUUUUCAUAAGAAAGUGGAGCAGCUCUAUAUGGAGGAAUUAAGAGAUACAGAUGAAGGAAUGUUGGGCUGUAAAUGCAUUCAUUUGCAUAACCUCAUUAAUCACAGAUAUGUUUGAGUGUACCUUUUAUCUUUCUUUUAUUCAGAAAGUCAGUCCUGGUGCCAAAUAUACACAUAUUAAAAUAAAUAAACCCAAACAUGCCGAUUUCAAGGAAACAUUAUUUUCUAAGUUGAAGGAUGGAAAAAAUUGAUAUCCAAAUAUAUAAGCAGUUGACAGAAAUGAUUCUGAGAGGAGAAUUUGAAAAUUGUAGAAUGAGAAGUGCAAUGGAAUAGGUGCUCAUAAAUGAGUGUCACCUUCAGUGGACUCACUAAGGCAGAAAACUUGUGAGAAAACAAUAAUUGAGUAUAUAGUUAGACUAUAUUGUCAUGUAAAUUUACAUAUGUGCUGGUUAAACUUUGCACUGACCAUCUCAUUUUAAUUCUGGCAAGUCCUAGCUUUCAGUUUGCUGGCUCUGCAACUUGAAUAAGAUAACUUCUAAUAUGUUGCUUUUUCUAAGUAAUUAGGUGUGUUAUGUGGGCUGUAACAUGUUGUUUAAUAAUUAAAAUAUAAACAGAUAUAAUGAAUGAUUCUUUGUUCAAAGUGAUAUAUGUUUGGACAACAUAUUGUCUAAUUGCUUAAGCAUAAUAUUUUCUAUAAAAUUGCUCUACUGAAUCUUGGCAAAUGUUCACUUUUGACAAUACAGUGCAGUUUGCAGGGAUGAAGAAUUUCUGAUUUCAUAUAUGAUGAUGCUCCAGGAAUUUUUCAAAACUCAAAGUGACUUUGAUGGAGAACUGAGUUCUUCACUUACCAUACUCAUGGAUUCAAACAUGUGGUUUGUUUCAUUUCACAUAUGUGAAAAUAAUGUAGAUGCAAGAAAAAAAAGUCAGUAAAUCAUGUUCCAGUGCUCACAAGACAAGAAAGUGACCUUUAGCAUUGUUGUAAUUUGCUAGACCUUAGGUAAUCCUAAAGCAAUAGAAAAUGCAAGAAUUAUGCUACAGAUGCACCUGUGUAACUUAAUGGUGGAAUCCCAAAAGAGAUCAAUAUCUGCUUUAAGUACCUUAUGGAAUAGGAAAAAAUCACAAGGAGCACUGGUGGAGUAUUUUGUCCCACAAGUGAUCUUAUUUCAAUCACUUUGCAGAGCAGACGUGCUUUUCUAAAGACUUUAGCUUGAAGAGUUGCCAGUUAGAUCAUGAAUCAUCCUAGUGCAGACAUUGACGUGGUUCAUGAACACUGCGUUCUGUCAAGUAGUCCAAUCUUGUAUCAUUGUGCUGUGUAGCUUUAUUAUAUUCUUUUGAAUGUUUUCAACUUAGGAUAGAUAUAAUCUGUUUUGCUUGAGUUUACAUUGCUGUAACAUGACUGAUUUCAAUACCCAGUUUUUUAAAACUAUUUAGAAACUUUAUAGAUUAAUCAAUAAAAAUAUCCACCUUAUAGACAGCACUUAAGAAUCUUGCAUCUUGCCUAUAGACAUACAGAUAUUGCCUGAUCUUAUUUCCCUUUCAGUUAAACUUUCUUCAAGAAUGAGUGGUACAGGUUUUCCAUCCUCUAAAAAGUGGGAGUAGUUUAUUGUUGCAUAGAAAUUAAUUUUUUAAUAAUAAACGGACAUCAGUGUUUUAUAAGAUGUCCACAGCUGAACCUUUAGACAUCCAAUUUGGUGCAUGACCAUAUUAUAGCAAUUAUAUGUGUAAGUAUGUUGUAUACUGUCUUUCAUCCAGUCAUAUAAUUGCUUAGGAAGUUGAGCACAAAAUAAAAUAGUUCUGCCACUGAUCUCCAACACUUUGAGCUGGUUACUUACACCUUCUAAUCAUGUUUUCGUGC